AUGGACCCUACUAGAAUUUCGAAAGAACAUGCUCACUGUGUCAGAACACUUUUUGGACAUCAAGAAAAUACAGAUUUGCAUGAUACAUCCUUUGAAAGUCAAGAAAUGAAGUUAAUGCCAGAAUCAUGUAGAAGCAUGAAACAGGGUCUCCAAAGAGCUGUGCAGAAGGAAGUCCAGCGUGUCAUGGGAAGAGCACCACCAAGACCAGAAAAAGCUGCAAUGGAGGCAUUAGGGAUGGACCUGUACAAGAGAAACAAGCCUGAGAAGCAGCCUUUUGCCCAUCUCAUUAUUGAUGAUAAGAAUAUUCCAUCUGGAACUCGCAAAGUGAACCUCACAUCCUGGCAUCACGACAAAGGCCAGGCCAACUUAUCCAAUAUGACAUUCAAUGAUGGAAAACUAAUUGUUAAUCAAGACGGAUUUUACUACCUUUAUGCCAACAUUUGUUUUAGACAUCACGAAACUUCAGGAAACCUGACUAAAAGAGGGCUUCAGCUGAUGGUAUAUAUGAUUAAGACAAACCUUAAAAUAAGGCGCUCUGAUGUGUUGAUGAAGGGAGGAAGCACCAAAUACUGGUCAGGGAAUUCAGAAUUUCAUUUUUAUUCUGUCAAUGUUGGAGGGUUUUUUAAAUUAAAAUCCGGUGAAAUGAUAAGUAUCCAGGUAUCAAACCCAUUGCUACUGGAUUCGUCACAAGAAGCAACUUAUUUUGGGGCGUUUAAAGUAAGGGAUUUAGAUUGAAAUUUUUUUUAGUAUGCUGAAAAUUGUUUGGGCUUUUAGUGGUCCAGAAACAACUUGAAGCUAGAACUGAAAAUCUUUUGCAACCCAAUUGCAUCUGUAUAAGCCUUAUGUAUCUAAAGACGCAUUUUUUGCCCUGUGCUGACUCCAGCACAAGUGCACAGAGGGACAAAAUGACAUAGUUCUCCCAAUUCUGUCUUAUAGCAGUUUUACUCCAUAUGUCUCCACUGCCUUCAGUAGAGUCAUUAUGACUUUUUCAUUGGUGUAGUUGAAAUCAGAGCAAUUAAUAUUAUUGAAUUUCUGUUUCCAAGUUCCGCCCUGACUUUUUAACCCGUGCUACUCUUACUAGUUUUGGCACAAAUGUAGGGCAGGACAGAACUUGGUUCCCAACUUGCAUUGUAGGGCUCAGUUUUGCUUGGGGUUGAGCCUUCUGACCCUGAGACAGCAAAGAUUGUGAGAGUGUGACUAAUCCCGUUGCACUUGAUGUGGCUUUUCACAUGCUUAAUUAAGCCUCUUCUUGCUUUGCUGGAUUAGGGUUGGAGAGCUCAGGCUCUGGCCAAAGUGAGUCACAGAAACACCUUAAUGGUUCAACUUCAGUUUUUACCUGGUUAAAAGGGUAUUCCAGGAAGAAGGGAGAUCAUCUGGCCUUGCAGUUCUAAAAGGUUAAUUACAGGUCAUUUUUAUUAUCGUUGCACAGUUAAUUGCAAAUAUAGAUGGCCAAAAUACAGUGUGCCUUAAAAGUAUUACGUCGUGCCAGGACCUGCAAAGACAUUUUUUAGACGAAAAGUAUGUAUUUUUAUAUUCUGUAAUAUCUAAAGUUAUAUUUCAGGUGUAAUGUUUUGUGUUAAAAAAAAAUGUAAAUUAUAUUGUCCUAUAGUAUUUGAUACAAAAUAUUUAAAAUCUCUUGCUGUUUGUAUAUUUAAUGUUUUAAACUGUUUUUAAUGUACAGACAUGUUAAACUGGUGCACUUUUUAAUCCCAAUGGGAAAAAUUGCAGCUAAAAGAGGUUGUUUGCAAUUAGCAAAUGUAAUAUAUAUAUCUUUGUUCUUUUUAACUUAAUAGAUUUCUGUUAAACUUGUCAGUGUUAUUGGGAGGGGGGAGGUAAAUCACACCAAUGUCAUGAAUAAUUACACCAGAAUGCUGGUCACUGGGUGCCUUUCAAACCUGGAGGGUAAUUGACAUUCCAAAGCUUGGCAUUACCCAAAAAAGAAGUAAAUAAAAAAAUUAGUAUGUAAUAAGCCACAGAAAUGCAUUAGGGGUAUUUAUAGUUACUGAACAGGCGUAUUUUCCUACAACAAAAUCUGCAAGUUGUAAAUUCUGCAGUUGAGUAAUGACUUUUUUAGCUUAGUUUCCCAAAAAAAAGUGAAGCUUAUGUCAUUGCAUUGCCUGUCCUUGUCUCCCCUUGGAGCUUUUAGGAGCUCUGCACGUUGCUGCCGGAUUUGGCAGGUGAACGGCAGCGUUGAGAUGCUCUUACAGGUUUUUGUGGGAACAGACAGCUGAGAACAGCUCAGCCUUUAUACAUUGUUUGGCAGUGGCUGGCCACUGUUCAUAAUUAGCCAACCAAUUAAUACGGGGAGGCUCCGAGCUAGCUGCAACCGGUGUUGUCGCUUGUGUAGAUGCUUGGCCAAAAGAGGU